GAGCGUUUUCAGGCAUCGCUCGACCACGGUCUGAUGCAAAUUCGUCUUGUUCUUCAGGUGCUUGAUCCAGAUGCCUGUUCAUGUUCAUGUGUCUCCAACGGAUCCGCUCAAACCCGGAUGACAACAAACUCUACCUUCGUUGUGAGCAGACUUGAUCUGUCCCAGCACGAGAGUCUCGUCCGCCGAGAGAUCCUUCGUUCUGGAUGCACGCACUCAGCCGUCGCCCAGGAUGGAAGGACACAUGACCACGCACUGCUCGAGUUCACCCUUCGUGACGGC